AUGAUAACCGCCGUUAUUCUCUUCACCGUUACAAUUCUCUCCGCGGCGGAUGGUUCUUCUUCUCCGAUCACUCUAUCGCUUGAAAGAGCUUUUCCUACUAACCAUGGAGUUGAGUUGAGUUACCUCAGAGAAUUUGAUAGUGUUAGACAUCGCAGAUUUUUGCAGUCUACUAACUAUGUUGUUAAUUUUCCUGUUAAAGGAUCCUUUGAUACCUCCAAAGCUGGGCUUUACUUUACGAAGGUGAAUUUAGGUACUCCGCCAAGAGAAUUUUAUGUGCAGAUUGACACCGGAAGUGAUGUUCUUUGGGUUACCUGUGCUUCCUGCAUCGGUUGUCCUCAAACAAGUGGUCUCCAAAUUCAGCUGAAUUACUUUGACCCUAGAAGUUCGUCAACGUCUUCAUUUAUUUCUUGUUCUGACCAAAGGUGUAAGAACGGAGUUCAGUCAUCGGAUAGCAGUUGUUCGAGUCGGAACAAUCAAUGCACUUACAUAUUCGACAACCAGCAGAGUGGGGACUUGACAAAGUCUGAUAGAGCAAUUGAUGGUAUAUUUGGAUUUGGGCAACAGGGCAUGUCAGUAAUUUCUCAGCUCUCUUCACAAGGAAUAGCACCAAGAGUGUUCUCACACUGCUUGAAAGGAGAUAGUAACGGUGGCGGCUUAUUGGUUCUUGGUGAGAUUGUGGAGCCAAACAUAAUUUAUAGUCCACUCGUUCCGUCACAGCCUCAUUAUAAUCUAAAUCUGCUGAGCAUCUCUGUCAGUGGCCAAGUUUUGCCGAUUGAUUCUGCUAUUUUUGCUACAUCAAACAAUAGAGGUACCAUUAUUGAUUCUGGAACAACUUUGGCAUACAUUGCAGAAGAGGCUUACAAUCCCUUUAUCAAUGCGAUUACCGCUGCCAUUCCACAAUCUGUGCGCACUGUUCUUUCCAGAGGAAAUCAGUGUUACUUAGUUACCACCAGCCUUGACAUGUUUCCUCAAGUAAGUCUGAACUUUGCUGGCGCGUCUCUCGUUUUAGGACCACAGGACUACCUCAUAAAGCAGAACUAUAUUGGAGAUGGAUCAGUUUGGUGUAUCGGCUUUCAGAAAAUCCCAGGGCAAGAUGUAACAAUUCUAGGAGACCUUGUAUUAAAAGACAAAAUUUUUGUGUAUGAUCUUGCUGGUCAACGCAUUGGAUGGGCUAACUAUGACUGUUCGUUGUCGGUUAAUGUUUCUGCAUCAACUGGUAGCGGCAGAAGUGAGUUUGUCAGCGCGGGAGAGAUAAGUGGAAGCACUUCUUUAUGUGACAGAACUCACGAGUUGAUAAACAGAAGAUGGGUGUUUGCUCUUUUCAUACACAUAACACUGAUAUGCUGUUUUGUAUUCUUGUAG